AUGGCGCCCAUGAAAAACAGUAAUUCAAGUAGUAGUAAUUGUUACGGCGAGGACGUUACCCGUCAAGCGAAUGUCCUCGCCAGUUGCUACCUGGUAGACUCUGCCGCCUCGCUCAAGGGCCUCCAUUACUGCACUACCGGGGCUGCCGGACUACCAUCCCCUCCGUCAAGUCCCCCCCUCGCGGCCAUCACGUCGUCCAACGAGCUUGCUCUGCAGCCCAAACCCAAGAAGCGCAGCUCCGACAACGCUACGACCAACAACCUAAACCGCACUACUACCACUAGCCGCCGAGGGGGGGCAACAUUUCAGAUCAGGGAAGAAUGUGAGAGAUUCUUUUGCGAGACCAUGAACGCUGUGUUCCAAGGUGAGCGGAACGCGGCUGGUAAUGGCUCCUGCCUGACUGGUGUUCUCGGUUUACCCACGCCGCCCGACUACUAUCCUCCUACACCACCGUCUUCGUUACCACGCAGUGGCAUGAACUCCGCUGUCAACGCCAAAGCAUGGAUGGAAUUCUGGGAUUACGCGGGAGGCGCAAGUUUCCGGGCCUUUGUGGCCGAAAAGGGCGACGAAAAGUCACUGUUUGCAUUCUUCGAUAGCGGACUGGUCGGCCAGGAUCUCAAGCAAGCACUCAUUGCUUUGAUCGAAUUGGCUGAUGUUCCGUUGGGAUGCUCUAACGUCGUCAUCUGCAUGGACCGACACAUGCCAGAAGACCACGCAAAAUCCUUGAUGCGAAGUUUACAAUGGGUCGGUUUCGAACUGACUACUCUGGACCAUUGGGCCGACGAACUCGACGUCGUCAGCGACAAAUGGUUCUUCUUGGGAAUGGAGCUCUAGUCACUCCUUCUUCUUAACCCCGGGCUUAUGCCUUGAUUCAUUCUCUGAACAUUACCAAGAAAAAGUUCUACUCAGUACAGCUUUGGAGGAGAUAUCAUUGACACAAAAUCAUUUUUCGACUUGCACCUGUCAUGGAGUUGGAGUUCAUCGCAUGGAUUUCGGUAACCGUUCCUGCAUUUGCAUCGCGCGUUGAUCUGGGAAACUACAAAAAGCAUGCAUCACG